AUGUUUACCAACUUCAAAACUGUUUUAAAACCAUCGAUCAAAGCAGAGAGAGCGCCUAGAGGUACUCAAAUCAGAGGAGAUUACAAAGAACUAAUACCUCAUGUUCAAAACGAUAUAAACAUCACCACUGCACAACUUUCGCAAUACGAGAACACGUCUCUAUUACGAAAACUAAUCCUGUUAAUGAAGCAAAACCAUAAAGAACAAAUCGAGGAGCUAAAUAGAGAGCAUAGCGGAACAAACAAAUACGACGCCAAGCUAUUCAACUUGCUCAAGUCACAACUAACUGAGUUGAAAAGUUUGUUGGACAUUUUCAAAAAUAAUUUCAUCCAUUCCUUAUACGAUAACCAUGUACACAACCACAAGAUGCAAAAGCUCGAGUCAAGCUCCGAGUCGAGAUUGAGCUCAACAUCUUCUUCGGGAUCAUCAGUGUCGCAGCUUUCAAUGAAUGAUGUAGAUUCAAAUACGGUUGACGAAGCGCCAGACUAUUUGUUGGAUCCAAUAUCCUUUGAGAUAUUGACAGAUCCAGUAGUUACUCCAAGUGGAAUCACUUAUGAAAAAGAGGAGAUUUUGAAUCACAUUGACAAAAAGGGCAAAUAUGAUCCCAUAAGUAAGCAGUCCUUGAGUAAAGAUCAGUUGUAUCCAAACUUGAUCAUAAAAGAUACUGUCGAGGCGUAUAAAGAGGGGCAAAGCAAACAAAGUAUUGAUAGCAGAGCAUAG